GUUAUCUUUUGUGAUAACAUUUAAUAUUAACAAAUUACAUUUGUCCGUAUGUGGCACCAUUUCCACGACAAUUUCUUUUUGUAGCUUCGGCAAUACAAAAAUUGCAUUAAUACAAUGAUCUGAUAGGACCUCUUCAUUGUGUGGCAGGAAGUAAAGGCACGUCAUCUUGAGCGAGCGACAAUAGUUGAAUCACAGAUCCAGUAACUCGUUAUGAAUGCAUGGGAUGGCCUCCACUAAAGGACCCCUCGCUCUGCUUGGGCUCAGCGCGGCCGGGCCAUCUAGCCUGGCGGGGGAAGCCGAAAUAAACUUGAACAGCUGCGAGACGUUUGUGCUUUUAAAUGAUUAAUUAGUUGUGAAGCCAUUGCAGGAUUUGGUCCCGGCAUGGGGGACAUGAAGACCCCAGAUUUCGAUGACCUAUUGGCAGCAUUUGACAUUCCUGACAUCGAUGCUAAAGAGGCCAUCCAGUCUGCUGAUGAGGCCGACGGGCCAGGCGGUGCAACUCUGGGAAAGCCGGACGGUGGGGUUGGUGUAGGGCCAUCUCUGAGACCAGCUAGCCCCACGGACCCACAGGCUGACACCCCUAUUGUCAGCGUUAUCGUAAAGAACUGUGUACGGCCUGACAUUGAUGGAGGGGAUGAGGACACAGACCAGAACACUAUGGACAGCAUUGUCGGGGUCUCUAUGGGUGCACGGCUCGGUGUCUGUGCCCCAGACAUAGCGGAAUCUGAACCACUCAAUCACAAUGGGUUUGGGGCUGCUGGUAUAACUAUGCCCCUAACCCAGGCUCAGGCCCAAUCUAAUGGGGAGCCGUGGUCAGUGUCUACCCCCAAAACGGAGGGUGGAGGAGGCGGUGCUGGAUCAACUAAAUUAGUCAAGCAGGUUGGCAAUAUAUUCAACAGACUGAAGCCUCUCAUGGCGCAAGGAUCGGGAGACCCUGUAGGGAGGGCGAGAAAGAUGCAGCUCCUACAGCAGCAGCACACACGGCAAGAGGCAGGCAAAGAAGCUUCGUUAUCCUCCUCUUCAUCUGUUGUGUCUGCGCCUCUUGUCUCAGGAGUGUCAGUAGGACUGUCCUCUCCUUUCUUCCCGCCUUCCAAGCCUCUGCUCCCAUCCCCGCCAUCCGCCCUCUCCUCACACCCGUUGCACUCAUCUCAGCCGUUUAACGGGGCACCUAAAGCCGGCCCGACAUUGUGUCCCAGAGACUCAGAGGGGGUUGAUUCAGAUCCGGACCUAGGGCCCCCGCUGCUGAUCCAGGAACCCCCUGGCUCCCCCUCCCGCACCCCUCCCAAACUGACCCGUCGUUUUAGGUCCUCUGCUGGCAGCUCUGACUCCACCCAUCCCAUGGCCUCAUCGGCAGCUCACCCCAAACCAGGGGACACUCCCUCGGGCUGUCUACCACAGGAAGACAAACACCCAGAGCAUGUUAUAGAAGAGCGAGACUCACCUGAAAGUCCUGAGCCAGUAAUACCCAUAUCGGCUGCACCAGUAACCGCCAAGAGGUGCUCCAGCCCUGCAGUAGCCUCCACACCACCCCCCUCAGACCUUCAGGAGCCUAAGGAGGAGGAGGAGAUGGAGGUGGAAAAUGGAAUAGAGAAGGCUAUGGAUGGAAAGGCAGAUUUUGGAGAGGAAGAGGGUGCAAGAACAGGAGAGGAGAAAAUGGAAGUGGAUGAUGGCAAGUCUACACCUCCAACCACUGAAAGUUGCACAUCAACUCCAGGAGGGCCUGCUGCUCCUGCCCGGCCCCUCAAAGUGCGGAUAAAGACCAUCAAAACCUCCACUGGUGGAAUCACCAGAACUGUUACCAGAGUCGCACCCAAAGCAGGUGCUGCUGGAGCCAAGGGUAUGGAGCCUAGCAAAGCUCCACCAGGGGUGCGGAAGACCCCAGUCAACAGGGCCUGGAAACCUGACACUCCCUCUGGUCGUAUGGCACCCUCCCAGUCACAGAAAGCAAAGAGUCUCAACACACUACCCAUGUCUACACUAGCAGCCAGUAGUGCUAUGCUAGCCGCUGCAACCAAGGCUCAGAACAAGAUGGCUGCCUCCUCGGACUCUGACAAAGCCAAGGUAUCUGCCACUGCUGUUAGCAUCACUAAAUCUGCCGCCCUGCCUGCCACUCCCUCGGUUGCCUCCUCUCCGAAGUUCUCAGUAGCCACGGGUGGGAUGAGUGUACGUCCUGUUGGUGCUAAAACGUCUAACGGGGGCAGCGCCAGCUUCCUAGCCGGUACUCACCAGCCAAACAAGCCUGCCUCCAUUGUGAACAGCACGGGUGCCGUCAUUUCCCGCAGCCAGUCUAGCCUGGUGGAGGCCUUCAACAAGAUCCUCAACAGCAAGAACCUGCUGCCCAGUUAUAAGCCUGACCUCUCGGCGGCUCCGCCCCCAGAGUGGGGGCUCCCUCUGCCUGCCAUGGGCUACCGCUGUCUAGAAUGUGGCGAUGCCUUCGCCUUGGAGCGCAGCCUGGCUCGCCACUAUGACAGGCGCUCGCUGCGCAUCGAGGUGACCUGCAACCACUGUGCCAAGAGGCUGGCCUUUUUCAACAAGUGCAGCCUGCUGCUCCACGCCAGGGAGCAUAAGGAACGAGGGCUGGUAAUGCAGUGCUCUCACCUCAUCAUGAGGCCCGUCACCGUGGAGCAGAUGAUUGGCCAGCAGGACACCACACCCAUCAGCAUGUGUUCCCCUUCUUCAAUCUCCUCUCCUCCUCCAGUCUCCUCCCCCAUGUCCGGAGCCCCCGCAGUGUCAUCCAGUUCCAGCCCACUGAAGGACACACAGUCUCCCUCUGCAGCCCAGCUGAGACCGGUCCGCCGUGCGCCCCAGAUCCCCCAGGUGCUGAUGCCCCUCCCCAGCAAGAAGGGAGAGGUGCUGCAGUACCACAACUUCAAGUGUCCCGAGUGCCAGGCCCAGUUCUCUGGCAAGGCUGAGCUGGUCGCCCACUUCCAGCAGAUCAGAGCUACCUCCAACUCGACCUGUAUGCUGUGCUCCCCUCCCAUGAUGCUGCCUAACUGGUGCAGUGUGUCGGCUCACCAGAGGAUUCAUAAGCACCGGGCACCCCACGUUUGUCCAGAGUGUGGGGGCAUCGCCCGGCAAGCCAGCUUCCAGACCCACCUGGAGGAGGCCUGUCUGCACUUCGCCCGCCGCAUUGGAUACAGGUGCUCCAGUUGCCAGGUGGUCUUCGGGGGUCUGAACUCCAUCAAGUCCCACAUCCAGGCGGCCCACUGCGAGGUGUUCCACAAGUGCCCCAGCUGCCCUAUGGCCUUUAAGUCUGCCCCUAGUGCACAGGGACACAUCAGCACCCAGCACCCCACCCUCACCGGGGGACAGGCCAAAUUGAUCUACAAGUGUGUGAUGUGUGAUACAGUUUUUACCCAGAAACCCUUACUGUACAUGCAUUUUGACACCCACCUGGCCAAGCAGAAAGUGCAUGUGUUCAAGUGUCCUGACUGCACCAAACUCUACGCACAGAAAGGUUCCAUGAUGGAACACAUAAAGACUGCUCACAGAAGGCAGUCAGUCAAACAGGAGGGCCAAUCCAAUGCCUCUGCCCCUGCCCCCACCAACCCCUCAGCCCCCUCCCUCCCAAAAUCCAAGCCCUCUGCAAAAAAGGACAACUCAGAUGGGGAGGACUGGGGCCGAGACCAAGAGGAGGAGGAAGGAGAGGAAGAGGGGGGUGAGGACUAUGAGGAACCUGAGAAUCAGUCUAGUUCUAUGGAGGUAGGCAGCCAUCGUGGGACCAUCUCAGAAUGGAGCUGCCAGCAAUGUCAGAAGACCUUCACACAGAGCGACGACUACAUCUCUCACAUGAAGACAGAGCACGGAAAGACUAUGAAGAAGUUCCCGUGUUGUGUGUGUGAGAGCUCCUUCUCCACCUCUUCCAGCCUGCGUCGCCAUGUACGCGUCAUCCACGAGGGCAACAAGAGAGUCUUCCACUGCCAAUAUUGCACAGAGGGCAAGCGGACCUUCAGCAGUCGGCUCAUACUGGAGAAGCAUAUCCAGGUCCAUCAUCACAGGGUCAGAGCCACUGACGGACAGAUCAGGAAGCGUUCAGUCCCGGGUAAGGGCCCAGGCAGCUCAUCUGAACUUGACGGGGAGGGGGGGCCACCAGGGGACGAGGAAGGGGGUGGCACGGACAGCAGAGAGGCCACAGAGGGGGGCGAGGAGGGCAGCAUUCCUUUGAAGAAAACGCGAGCGUCGGCGCUUCCCGAGCCCGAGGAGGACGACAAUGUGUUCCGCUGCGUGCCGUGCGGCUUCGCCACGGAGGACGGCGCCGAAUUCCAGCGCCACAUCCCGCAGCAUUGCGCUGAUGCUGCCUCCUUCCAGUGCCUGCAGUGUGGCGUGUGCUUCGCCUCGGCUGGCUCCCUGGGACGCCACCGUUUCAUCACCCACCGUGUGAGAGAUCCCCAGGGGGAGUCACACCACAGGCCACCCCGCACCCCCUCUUCCCCGGACGACUUACCCUCGUCCCCACAGGACGGAGAGGACGGUAAGGGGAAAAUGAGCUGCAGGGUGUGCAGCCGACGCUUCGACAGGGCCUCCGACCUUAACACCCACUUGAGGACCCAUGGCAUGGCCUUCAUUACUGCCCACAAGACGGACAAGCCCCAGUAAGGUGAAGUUGCUGAUCCUGGGUCAGUUUUGCAUUUCCCUCACUAAUGGUUAGGAUUGGGGGAGAAGAAGCAGAUCCUCGAUCUGUAACUCGGGGAAACUUCACUCCAGAGCCGGACAAGCCCCAGUAUGGAAAGGAGGGGUGAGGCCUCGGAGUAACCGACAGGCCUGGGAGAUGAAGGGUUUUGACUUGGAAUAAUUUUAGGGGAACUGAAUGUGGAUAGAUGAGAGCUGACCCAGAUGUACUUCUGUGCCGUUUUGAGCCACUUGACCUCCUUCGUCACACCUGCAUGCUGAGCAGUGGACUGGACACGCAUGAGGAUGGGAGUUCUGAGGGUCAAGACCACCUGAUCAUAGCAUCGAUAUCACCCAUACAUACGUGUCCAACAUUUCCAUGAUUGUGUACGUUUUUCUGCCAUUAAUAUGGUUUGUCUAUCUUUAAUGUGAACCAUGCUAUCAUUUCUACAUGCAUUUCUUUCCUUUUCCAAGCUGUGUCUUGAAAGGUAUUCUGUCUCGCGUUGCAUCCACACCGACCUACUGUACAAAGAAAGCACUCUUGUUGGUCAUAGAUCAGUUUCUAUGGGUCCACCUCUUUAGUGAGGGUUCGAUAACUGUUCUCAAAUCAGUAUCUGAAGCAAAAAAUAGUAUUGAGAGUAACACUGAUUUUAAGUACUAAUGACAUUGUUCUAUUUAUUUAUAUGAAACACAUUGUUGUCGUUGUUUGUGAGACAUUGCAGCCAAUCUUAUGGUAAAGGGAACUUGAAAUGUAUGACACAGACAGGUGAGAUUUAUUUCUCUGUUUUGAUACGCUGAACAAAAAUAUGAACGCAAUAUAUAAAGAGUUGGUCCCAUGUUUCAUGAACUGAAAUAAAAUAUCCCAGGCACA